UUUGGCGGGACCAUGCAGUGACAAUGCGGGGAGGUGUCCCGGAUACUAGCUGUCGCUUGUGCUGCGAAAAGGCAAUCCAUCGCCUGAAGGCUUCUGCGCGCCCCUCUUGGGCUGUCUGUUUGCCUAUUCGGUCCAAUAGCGCCUGGACGGUUCGGUGCGGUGCGGUCCGUUUGGACGACGUGUUAAUGCGGUUUUCUUCCUCCGACCACGCAGUUACUCAUCCCAUUCGCUCUCUCCUCUUCCUUCGCUCAGUCAGUUGCGAUUUCUCCGGCGAUCUUCCUCAGCUAGUUCGACGGUUCAUCGUUGAGAUUCCGGCCUGCUCUUUCUCAUUUAGCGGUUUCUCCGGCGAUUUGUUUGGCGACUCGGGUGUUUGCUUUUUGUUGAUUCAUCGGUCAGGUUUCGGCUUCGUUCUGCGCAUUCAGGUUAAGAUGCUGUUUUCUCCUGGUCGUUUCAAGAAAUUUGUUGGUGAAUUUGUUGAUGAUCAGAAAGGUUUUGUUGAAGAAAGUGGUUUUGGACACUUGCUUCAUAUAUCGGAUUUUAAGGUUCCUGUCCCUUUGUUGGAAUGGGUUAUGUCUAUAAUUAUUGUUGGUGUGUCUGAAUUUCGGUUUGAAGGUAGGUCUAUAAGAUUCAUACCAUCAAUGGUUUCUAAGGUGUUAGGAAUUCCAUCUGGGAAUGACACUAUUGAGUUUGCUUCUGAAGUUGAUGAAGAAGUUAGCUCAGUUUAUGAUGAUUAUUUGAAUGGGAAGGACAAGCCGGCUAUUUCUUGUGCCAUUGGUAUUUGUUUAGCUGAGCAUAACUAGGAUGCUUUCAUGCGUUCCUUCAUGUUAGUGGCUCUUGCUACAGUUCUUUCUCCCGGGAUGCAGAACUCUGUUGAUUUGAAGUACUUGCAAUUCUUGAUGAGAUCUGAGGAGAUAAAGAACUAUGAUUGGGCUUCUCAUGUGCUUCAGUAUUCUCUAUCUAAAGUUAGGAGAUUCCUUUAUGUUAUCAGUUCUUCUGAUGUUAGCAAGCGCCACGGUUUAUACUUUUAUUCAUCCUAUCUUCCAAUGUUUGCUGUUAUGUACAUGGAUUUCCUAGAUUUACAUCAGAAUUAUGAAUCUGGAUACCAUUUGGUUUAUGGUGU